AUUUAAUAAGAAUGGAAGUAAAAUAAAAAGUUCUUUGUUUUCAUGGAUUUGGUACAAAUUCAGAGAUGUUAUCUUAUUAAUUAAGAUAAUUCAAGAAAGAGUUUAAAGAUAUUGAUUUUAUCACUCUUAAUGGACCAAUUCCAUUAAAUAGGAAUGUAAACAUUUCUAAAAUCUUAAAGGUAAUAAUGGAUGAAAGUAUAGCAAAAAUAUUGGAGAAUUAGAAUAUAUAUAGUUGGUUAAAUUUUCUGCAAUUUAAAAACAAUGAUAUUGAUUCAAGUAUGUUUAGAUUAAGCUUUAGUAUUUUCUCCAGCAUUAGAAGAAGUGGUAAAAAUUUUAAAGGAGCAAGGACCUUUUUUUGGAGUAAUGGGUUUUUCUUAAGGAUCCGCAAUAGCUGUGAGAUUAGCAGCUAAAAUUGCAGCUCAAGAAAUUGAUUUAGGUUAUGAUUUAAAAUGCUUCAUUUUUGUUUCAGCAUAGGCUAAUCAUAUUCCUGAAUCAUAAUAAUUUUUGUGUAGAAUCCCUUCUCUUCAUUUAAUAGGAUUUAAUGAUUUUGUUGUAGAUAGGUAAAAAUUGAAUAAUGAAAUUUAAGAUCUAUGGGAUUAGUUGUUUAGUUUUUAAAUCCAUAUGUAAUCUAUCAUAACUAAGGCCAUAAAGUUCCUACUUUAACAUAUGAAUAAGUAAAGGAUCUUAAAAGAUUUUUUGAAAAUCCUUUUCAAGAUUGGUCAAAAACAGUUUACGUACCAAAAUUAGCUAAAUUGUGA